AUGUUCCUGUCCAAGUCUAUGAGGACGCGGUGGAGCGCCUCCAAAAGCGUCGCCCGUCUGGCUGUGGCAAGCAGAGCCGGCCUCUACCCCUCCUCCUCCAACACAUCGUCUUCGCCGUCGACGAGGCCCUUCCACAGCUCUCGACCGCUGCGCGUUGUCAAGCCUGUGCUGCUGGCCGACAUUGGCGAGGGUAUCGUCGAGUGCGAGGUCAUCCAGUGGUUCGUCGAGCCCGGCGCGCGCGUCGAGGAAUUCUCCCCUCUGUGCGAGGUCCAGAGCGACAAGGCCUCGGUCGAGAUCACGAGCCGUUUCUCCGGCGUCGUCAAGAAGCUGUACUAUGAGGCUGGCGACAUGGCCAAGGUCGGCAAGGCCUUUGUCGACAUUGACAUCCAGGGCGGCGCCAAACAGGAAGACCUCGACACGCUGAUCGCUCCCGAGGCCGUCGAAGAGAGGCCGACACCGAGCGUGCCUCAGCCAGAGUCAGCAUCUGCGCCCGCGCCGGCAGCAGCAGCAGCAGCAGCAGCAGCAACAGCAACACAAGCACACACGGCGGCACCAGAGGCUCCGCCAUCCACGUCACCAGCCUCAGAAACCCCAAAGCCAAAGGGCAAGUGCGCCGCGCUCGCGACGCCCGCCGUCCGACACUUGUCCAAGGAGCUCAAGAUCGACAUAGCCGAGAUUGACGGCACUGGCCGCGACGGCAGGGUGCUCAAGGAAGACAUUUACAAGUUUGUCAAGACGCGUGAAGCCACGCCAGCAGCAGCACCACCAUCACCAUCACCACCAGCAAAGCCCCAGCGGCGCCCCCCUCGGCGCCCCCUCCGUCGAGACCCGUGUCCCGCUGACGGAACACGCAACACCCAAAUGUUCAAGUCGAUGACGCGGUCCCUCCGCGAAUCCCGCACUUUCCUCUACGCCGACGAGGGCCACUUUUACGGGCCCGCCUCGGUGACGCUGCCCCAAAACCCCGUGCUCAACGCGCGCGUCGACCACGCGGCCGACGCGGCGCAGAAGCCCGCCCUCGUCCUGCGGCCGCAGCACAACAUCGGCAUCGCCAUGGACACGCCCUCGGGCCUCCUCGUGCCCGUCAUCAAGGACGUCGCCAACCGCACGCUCCUCUCCAUCGCCGCCGAGCUCGCCCGCCUCCAGGGCCUCGCCCUCGCCGGCCGUCUGCCCCCCGCCGACAUGACGGGCGGCACCAUCACCGUCUCCAACAUUGGCAACAUCGGCGGCACCUACCUGUCGCCCGUCAUUGUCGAGCGCGAGGUCGCCAUCCUCGGCAUCGGCCGCAUGCGGCCCGUCCCCGCCUUUGACGACGCCGGCCAGAUUGUCAAGAAGCACGUCUCCAACUUUAGCUGGUGCGCUGACCAUCGCGUUGUGGACGGCGCCACCAUGGCCCGCGCUGCCGAGGUCGUGCGCCGCCUGGUCGAGGAGCCCGACGUCAUGGUCAUGCACCUGAGGUAG